CUGUCACUUUAGAAGUUCUUUCAAUUUCGGAUCUUUAUAAUGCAAAGCAAUCAACUUCUAUUUCUCCAGCUUUCUGUUUGGUAUUGACCCAAAAAACAAAAUCAACAAUUAAAAAAAAAAAAAAAAUACACUUUCCGUUUGGUUACUGGGAAAAUAGUAAGAAACGAAAGCAUUUACUUUUCGACUAUCUUGUGUUGUGAAUUACGGAUCACAUGGAGAUAUUUGGGGAUAUGGGGGAGCUAGCAGCUGAGAAGCAUGUUGAAUACAUUUUAUCGGUGGAAAAGAAGAAAGAUUCAUUUGAAUCUGUGGUGAUGGAGCAUCUGAGAAUGAAUGGAGCUUACUGGGGAUUGACUACUCUUGACCUACUUGGGAAGCUUCAUGCAGUGGAUGUGGAUCAGAUUGUUUCUUGGAUCAUCAAAUGCCAACAUGACUCAGGUGGUUUUGGUGGUAAUAUUGGGCAUGACCCGCAUGUACUGUAUACCCUCAGUGCCGUGCAGGUUUUGGCCCUUUUUGACAAGCUUGAUGUUUUAGACAUUGAAAAGGUGUCAACUUAUGUUGCUGGACUGCAAAAUGAAGAUGGAUCAUUUUCAGGGGACAUGUGGGGUGAAAUUGAUACACGAUUCUCUUAUAUUGCUAUAUGUUGUCUCUCAUUGCUACAUCGCUUGGAUAAAAUCAAUGUGGAGAAUGCUGUAAGUUAUAUUGUAAGUUGCAAAAAUCUGGAUGGUGGAUUUGGAUGCAUGCCUGGUGGAGAGUCUCAUGCAGGACAAAUUUUCUGUUGUGUGGGUGCUCUUGCUAUUACGGGAGCCUUGCAUCAUAUUGACAAGGAUCUUUUAGGGUGGUGGUUAUGCGAGCGUCAAGUUAAAUCUGGAGGUCUUAAUGGCCGCCCAGAGAAACUUCCUGAUGUAUGCUAUUCUUGGUGGGUUCUUUCUAGUUUGAUCAUGAUCGAUAGAGUACAUUGGAUCAAUAAGGAAAAGCUUGUUAAGUACAUCUUAGACUGCCAGGACUUGGAUAAUGGAGGAAUUUCAGACAGACCAGAUGAUGCUGUUGACGUCUAUCACACAUACUUCGGUGUUGCUGGACUUUCACUUCUGGAGUAUACGGGAUUGAAAGCCAUAGAUCCAGCUUAUGCUUUGCCAGUUGAUGUUGUAAACAGGAUUUUCAUCGGCAGACAAUCAAAAAAAGAAUCCUGAAAAUGAUUGCUGAAACAUACAAUCAUCUAGCUCACAGAGUAUAUGUUCUUAUAAUACUGUUUCUUUUGAUUUAUUCACAUUUAGUUGGUCUGGACCGAUCUGUUUUUGCUUCUUUACUCUAGUUUACUGAUAAUGGUCUUGACGCCAAAGCUGUUCUCUCCAUACAGUCACAGGACACAAAAAAUAUAUAUUCUUUUAUUUUA